CACACAAUCUCAAAUUCUCAUCUAUCUCAUCUGAAAAAAUGGCACAGUGCAUAACCAAUACCUUUGUACAAGGAAAACCAUUGAUUCCACUUCCCACAAAAAACUUGCAGAAUCAGCAAGGAAAAAAAGUGGGCAAUUUCGUAGUAGUUUCUAAGAAGAAAGACAUACACCCAAAUUUCUACGAGGAUGCUAAGGUUUAUUGUAACAAUGAGCUUGUUAUGACAACUGGUGGAACCCAGAAAGAGUAUGUUGUUGAUGUUUGGUCUGGGAACCAUCAAUUUUACCUUGGUAACCGUUCUGCUAAUAUGGUGAGUGAUGAUCAGGUGGAAAAGUUCCGUAAGAAAUAUGGUGAACUUGCAGAGAUUAUGGAGAUUCCUGUACUUCAAGGUGAGAUUGUUAUUCCUUCGAGACGCAAAGGGAUUAAAGGUGGUGGUGGUGGAAAGAAGAAGAAGUGAGUAUUUCAUUUUGCAAUUGUAAUUGUAAUUGCUUGUAUGCUGUUUGUUGAAUUGUCUCUAUGAAUAUUUAUUUUUGUAUUUUAAAUGUGGUGAAAUAAUCGUUUAUGUGA